AUGACGCUCACCGGGUUGGUGACUGCUCUGAUUUUAGGGGCGAUCUCCGAAGUGGUCAGCUUUCAUCCGAUCCUCAGUUACUCCCUCCACCUUCCCACUCAACCUCGGCAGCAGAAGACGCCUCCAGCGCCUCCUUUUCCCCGAGUCCCGCGCCCUCAGCUCGCUCUACACUCCCAGCGCCUGCAUGCGGUCCGUGCGGCUCACACGACCCAGCCGCACCUCCGGGGCUGCCCGGCAGGCGAGCCGUGGGUCAGCGUGACGGACUUCGGCGCCGCAUGUCUACGUUGGGCAGAAGUGCCACCCUUCCUGGAGCGAUCGCCUCCGGCGAGUUGGGCUCAGCUGCGAGGGCAGCGCCACAACUUUUGUCGGAGCCCAGACCGCGCCGGCAGACCUUGGUGCUUCUAUGAGAACGCCCACGGCAAAGUGGACUGGGGCUACUGCGACUGCAGACACGGAACAAUACGACUUCGGGAUGGCAAAAGUGAAUUUGAAGGCACAGUGGAAGUAUUUGCAAAUGGUACUUGGGGCACAAUCUGCAGCAGCCACUGGGAUGAUUCUGAUGCGUCAGUCAUUUGUCAGCAGCUGCAGCUUGGAGGAAAAGGAGUAGCAAAACAAACACCGUUCUCUGGACUGGGCCUUAUUCCUGUUUAUUGGAGUAAUGUUCGUUGUCGAGGAGAUGAAGAAAAUAUAGUGCUCUGUGAAAAAGAUAUCUGGCAGAGUGAAGCAUGUCCUCAGAAGAUGGCAGCUGCGGUGACGUGCAGCUUUCCCCAUGAGGAUGUUAUGGUAAGUGAAAUUGUUGUUGUUAUAUGCCGUCGAGUUGGACUCAGUGGCAUUGCCAAAGCAUGGAACCAGGCAUAUUUUGGGAAAGGAUCUGGCCCAGUACUGUUGGAUGAAGUACGCUGCACUGGGAAUGAACUUUCUAUUGAGCAAUGUCCAAAGAGUUCCUGGGGAGAACAUAAUUGUGGGCAUAAAGAAGAUGCUGGAGUGUCCUGUACCCCUUUGACAGAUGGGAUCAUCAGACUUCAAGGUGGCAAAGGCAGCCAUGAGGGUCGCUUGGAGUUGUAUUACCAGGGCCAGUGGGGCACUGUCUGUGAUGAUGGCUGGACGGAACUAAAUACAUAUGUGGUUUGUCGACAGCUAGGAUUUAAAUAUGGCAAACAAGCCUCUGCAAACCAUUUUGAAGAAAGCACAGGGCCCAUAUGGCUGGAUGAUGUCAGCUGCUCAGGAAAGGAAACCAGUUUUCUUCAGUGUUCCAGGAGACAGUGGGGAAGACAUGACUGCACCCAUCGGGAAGAUGUUGGUGUUGCCUGCUACCCUGGUAGCGAUGGACACAGACUCUCUCUGGGUUUUCCUAUCAGACUGAUGGAUGGAGAAAACAAGAAAGAAGGAAGAGUGGAGGUUUUUAUCAAUGGCCAAUGGGGAACAAUUUGUGAUGAUGGAUGGACUGAUAAGGAUGCAGCUGUGAUCUGUCGACAGCUUGGCUACAAGGGUCCUGCCAAAGCAAGAACCAUGGCUUAUUUUGGGGAAGGCAAGGGUCCCAUCCAUGUGGAUAAUGUGAAGUGCACAGGAAAUGAAAGGUCCUUGGCUGACUGCAUUAAACAAGAUAUAGGAAGACACAACUGUCGCCACAGUGAAGAUGCAGGAGUUAUUUGUGAUUAUUUUGGGAAGAAAGCAUCAGCUAUCAGUAAUAAAGAGCCCCUUUCACCUGUGUGUGGUCUGAGGUUACUGCACCGUCGACAGAAGCGAAUCAUUGGUGGGCAAAAUUCUUUAAGGGGUGGUUGGCCUUGGCAAGUUUCUCUUCGGCUGAAAUCAUCUCAUGGAGAUGGCAGGCUUCUUUGUGGGGCCACGCUCCUGAGUAGCUGCUGGGUUCUUACAGCAGCUCACUGUUUCAAGAGGUAUGGUAAUAGCACUAGGAACUAUGCUGUUCGAGUUGGGGAUUAUCAUACUCUGGUGCCAGAGGAGUUUGAAGAAGAAAUUGGAGUUCAACAGAUUGUGAUUCACCGCGAGUAUCGACCAGACAGCAGUGACUAUGACAUUGCUUUGGUUAGAUUACAAGGACCAGAAGAACAAUGUGCCAGAUUCAGUAGCCACGUUUUGCCAGCUUGUUUACCACUCAAGAGAGAAAGACCACAGAAAACAGCUCCCAACUGUUACAUAACAGGAUGGGGAGACACAGGACGAGCCUAUUCAAGAACGCUGCAACAAGCACCCAUCCCACUGCUUCCCAAGAGGUUUUGUGAAGAACGUUAUAAGGGUCGGUUUACAGGGAGGAUGCUGUGUGCUGGAAACCUCCAUGAACACAAACGGGUGGACAGCUGCCAGGGAGACAGUGGAGGACCACUUAUGUGUGAACAGCCUGGAGAGAGCUGGGUUGUUUUUGGAGUCACUUCCUGGGGUUAUGGCUGUGGAAUCAAGGAUUCUCCAGGUGUUUAUACCAAAGUCUCAGCCUUUGUACCUUGGAUAAAGAGUGUCACCAAACUGUAA